AUGGACUCGGACACUCAUACCCAGGACUACAAUGAAGACUGGAAACAAAUACCCACUCACGACUCGAUACCCCCGUAUUCUAUAUUUACAAAGCCCAUAGAGAAAGCGUCAAAGGACGAUAAAGACUAUAGAAUCAUACGUCUUGAGAAUGGCGUACAUGCAAUGGUGGUACAUGACGAGGGCACUGACAAGGCUGCAGCGUCCAUGGACGUGUCUGUAGGAUUCUACUUGGAUCCAGACGAUCUGCCGGGUUUAGCACAUUUCUGCGAACAUUUGAUGUUUAUGGGUACAGAACAGUUCCCUCGUGAGAAUGAUUAUGCCGAGUUUCUUUCCAAGAAUAACGGUUCUUCCAACGCUUACACAACUUUCUCUUCUACAAACUACUACUUCGACGUCGCGGCUCCCGCUCUCCACCCUGCUCUGACGCGUUUUGCCGCAUUUUUCCAUUCGCCCCUCUUCUCCUCUUCGUGCACAUUCCGUGAAGUCAAUGCAGUAGAUUCCGAAUUCAAGCAAAACAUACCAAACGAUUCUGUGCGCUUAGCAGAGGUGGACAAGAGACUUUGCAAGGAGGGUCAUCCGUACAAGAAGUUUGGCUGUGGAAAUAAACAGAGUCUGCUCCAGUUAUCUGAUGAUGCUGAAGGUGGCCCUUCCGGCCCCGAACUGCGUCGUCGUUUGGUUGAAUGGUGGGAAGAACAAUAUUGUGCUGGAAGAAUGAAGUUGUGUGUGAUAGGCAAAGACUCGUUGGAUGAACUAUCGGACAUGGUAUCGACAUUAUUUUCACCUAUUCAAAAUCGCAAAAAACAUCCAUUUCCUUUGACCAAUGAACACCCGUACGGACCCGAUGAGCUAGGGACACUCAUACAUGUGCAAAGCCUUGCAGCCAUACAUGCUAUCCAAGUGACAUUCCCUUUGAAAUAUCAGCCUCCUGACUGGCGAUAUAAACACGCAGACUUGCUGUCCCAUUUCAUCGGACACGAAGGUCCUGGGUCCCUAUGUUCUUAUCUGAAGAAGAAGGGUUGGAUCACCACUUUGGACUCUGGACUAUCUGGGUCCAAAGGAUUUGACUUCUUUUCCAUCACCAUCAUGCUCACCGAGGAUGGAUUUGCGUGUUACCUUUCGGUGCUCAAAUAUGUUUUCAAGUUCAUCUCUCUCCUCAAGGAAUCCUCCAUCUCUUCAUUCCAUCAGAGUGAAGUGAGCAAGAUAACUCGGAUGCUCUUUGAUUUCGCGGACAGAGUUCCUCAAGACAGCUAUGCCAUCUGGAUCUCCCGACAUCUAUCUUGGCCUGCACCCCCUGAACUCACUUUGACUGCUCCGCAGACGACAUGGGAUUGGGAAGACCCAGAAUAUGAAGAGAAUGUCAUCAAAGAUCUACUGAGUGGCUUUACCCUCGACAAGGCAAGAGUGAUGCUCAUGGCUCGUAAAGAAGACCACGAGAAGUCCGGCCGAGUAGGAGUUCAAUGGGAAAAGGAGCCAUGGUUUGGAGCCGAGUAUUGCGUUGAGAAAUGGGAGAAAUAUUUUAUUGAUCAGACGAAAAAGACGAACGACAUAGAAGAGCUGCAUCUCCCUGAACCAAAUCCUUAUAUUCCCAAAGAUCUUGCUGUCACUAAGACAGAUAUGCCCUCGCCACAGAAAAGGCCUCGUCUAGUUCAUGAGACCUCCAUUUCCUCUCUCUGGUACAAGACGGACGAUCAGUUCUGGCUGCCAAAGUCACAUGCAACAAUAGAGAUUCGCAGCCCAUUGGCAAACAAGUCUCCUCGUGCAUGUGUGUUGACGCGAUUAUUCGUCGAUAUAUACGUCGAUGCAUUUGAAGAGUCGACGUAUAACGCUGAACUCGCUGGGUUAUCGUCUACCUUUGGCGCAGACUCGCUCGGAGUCUAUUUUGUCAUUAAUGGGUACACCGACAAACUGAGUAUGCUCACGCAGUAUUUGCUGAAGAGUAUAAAGAGCAUGAAAGUCAAUACGGAAAGACUGGAAAUUAUGAAAGAUGAGCUCCAAUUAGAUUACAAGAAUUUCUAUCUGAGUUCACCUCAUCAAGUUUCGGGUGCUGUUCUUAACUGGUCGUUGAGAGAGCCUUAUUGGUCUUUGGAAGAAACGCUGCGAGAAGUACCAGAUAUAACGGCCCAUGAACUGCAAGAUCACAUCACCAAUCUCCUUUCGGAGGUGAAGGUCCAAACUUUGCUAGUGGGAAACAUGAGUGAAGAAGAUGCCAUUUCUCUGAUAAAGAUGACUGAGGCGAUUUUGGACUCUAGACCGCUUUCUUCUCCGGUGUUUAACAAAGCCCUCAUUCCCCUCGAAAAGUCGAACUAUGUCAUCUCCAAGCUGAACCCUAACGUCGACGAACCCAACUGCUCUAUCACGUACUACAUUCACAUUGGCAAACGCAAUGACCGGCGUUUACGCGUCACUGCGGAUAUCCUCAGUCAAAUACUCUCUGAGCCUGCCUUCAACAUCCUGCGGACGAAAGAACAGCUGGGCUACGUCGUAUACUGCAGUGAGCGAUUCUUAGCUGGCUCGGCCCAUUUCGGUCUGCAAGUGGUCGUCCAGAGUGAGAAGGAGCCAGAGUUCUUGGAAGAGCGCGUGGAGACGUUCUUUGAGGAGAUGAAGGGCGUGAUAGAAGAGAUGGAUCUGGACACGUUCGAGGAGCAGAAAGCAAGCCUUGGGAAAGCGUGGAUGGAGACUGACAAGAGUUUAGACGAAGAGGUCGGCAGAUUUUGGGCGCAGAUAGAGACCGGACAUUUGGAUUUCUGCAGACGUGAAUAUGAUACUGCCUUCCUUAAGAACGUAACGAAAGACGAAGUACUCGAUCUGUUCAUGCGCCAAGUACAUCCAUCAUCGACCACCCGUUCCAAGCUUUCCGUACAUUUGCGCUCUUCGAUGCAAGAGAGAGUCAGCCCGACCGCUGCUGGGGCUUUCGAAAGCCUGGUCAAGGACGCCAAGCUAGCGGUGAAGAAGAUCGCAUGGAAGCAAGCAUUCGGCGAUGAAUUGCCGGUUGUGGCUGAAUUCAGGAAGUACUGGGAGAAGGUCUUUACUGAGGCGAACGUUGAUUCUGCGGAGUCUACAGCCCUCUUCGAAAAGCUUCCUGCGCUGGUCGAGCAGUCUCCUGUAGAAAAUGACAGCUGGAAGGACUUCAGAAAGAAGGUGGAAUAUGUCGAAGAUUUGAAGAAGUUCAGGUCGCUCCUUGGCAUCUCUGAUGAACCCAAAUCUGUUGCACAGUGGGAUGAGGUUGUCUCGAAGCGAUAUAAUGGUCACUUAGGUGGAAACAAUGUCUUGUAAAACUUAAAAACUAACUUACCACGGACACUGGAUCGAUCGUUACUGUAUUGCUGUAAACUAAUUCAUUGUUUUUUA